AUGGUUAUGUGCGCGGCGGCGGGGCCCUUGCUGGAUCCAGCGACGGUCUGUGAGGCCGUACAGCCGACGGCUGACGGAGCAUCGACUGCCGUUGUCGCCGACACCGUCGCCGCCGCCGCUGCCGCCGUCACGGCGGUUCCAGAAGACCCCAUGGACGUCACGCCAAUGCGGCCGCCGCCGCCGUCGCCGGCGAUGGCGGCGGCGGAGGCAGCAGCUUCCUCGGCGUUGUUGGUACAUACAUCAGCACAGACGACGUCCAUUGCGGCCACCCCCACGCCGACACGGCAGGGCAGAUUACGACAUCUGGUCAAAUCGGGGCCAGAUCCCGAUGCCGUACAGGAGAAAGACGGAGACGGCUUCAACUAUGUGCGCGGCGGCGGGCCCCAUGCAGAUUGGGUAGACCCCAUGCCGCUGGCCUACACACCGCCGUUGCAUGGUGUAGCAGCACCCAUACUGCCAGCAGUAGCAGUAGCAGCAGCAGCGGCGGCGGCGGCGGGAGAAGAGGAUAUGGAGGCGGCGGAGGCGGAGGCGGCGGAGGCUGGUGCAGUUGUAUCGGAGAGCAUGGCCGAGCGGCCGAUAGGGGAGAUGUCUUGCCUGUUUCGUCGGCCUGAAAUGGUGGUGGGGACAAUGGGGGAUUGCAGGGGGGACCAGGAAACCGAUUUGGGCCAGGAUGCAGAACCGGAUUCCAACUUGGAUCCGAAUUUGGAGUUGGAUCCGGAUCCAGAGCUUGAGAUGGAUUUGGAUCUCACUCAGGACGAACGUGCGGAACGCGUCGGAUGCUGGGCACGGCGGGCAGUGCGCGACCCGGUGACUAGAGGCCUGGCGGCGGCGGCGGCGGCGGUGGCGGCGGGAGCGGCGGCGGACAGUUUGCCAGUCGCAGGUGCAAGGGCCGCCGACGCUGACACCAGAGGCGGCGGUGGGGGCGGCGGCGCGAUGUUGGCGGAGGUGGGGAGGAGCAGUGCCGAUGGACGAGAUCCUCAUCCGAGGGCUGCUCGCUCUUGUGCCGUACACGGAACGGCGGCGGUGCAUGCCGUCUGUGUGUACGGCACUCGCGGCGGCGGCGGCGAUGAGGAUACCUGGAUGCACACGCAGGGUUCCUCCGCCUGGGUGGCGGCGGCGGCGGCGCCUUGUUACGAUGACAGCGUGUACGGCGAUGAGGAUGAAGACGAGGACGUUGACGAAGCACCGGCGGAGGCGGCGGAGGUGGCGGGGAAGGUGACAGGCGGCGGCACUGGAGGGGUUGAGGUAGCGGCGGCGGCGGCGGAGGGGGAGGACAUGGAUGGCGGAUUUCAGCACCGUCAUUAUUGUCAGCAGCAGCAGCACCAACAACAACAACCACAGCCGCAGCAACAGCAGCAGCAGCAGAGGGCAGAGAGCCCAACGGCGGCGGCGGGAGGUUCGGGAUGUGCGGAGCGCGGCUCGCGGCCAAGACAGGGUUGCAGCGGCGGGGACGGUGGUGGCGGCGGCGGCGGCAGCUCAUGGCCGCGGGGUGCCGUACCUGUGGACUUCCUAUUUCCGGAUUCCUUACCCCGCGCGGCCUCGCCGCCGAUGCCAUCUCGGCCUCAGCCGCCGCACCACCUACCACCACCCGAGCAACAGCCGACGCCGGCGGCGCCGCUACCACACGGCCACCCGGCUGUCGUACAGAACAACGCACGUGCGCCGCCGCCGGCCGCGCUGACUCUGCCGCCGCCAGAGCUUUUCCCGGACAGCUCUGCAGCACCCCCAGCAGCACCCCCAGCACCUCCAAAAGCACCACACACAGCAGUGCAGUCAGUGCAGUCGGUGCUAGUGGGGGAGGAGUGCUCCCCUGGGUUUUGGGAUGGCUCUCCCGACGUGUACGAGGUGUUCCCCUUUCAGCGACACGCGGUGGAGUUCGCGGACUGGGCCAAUGCCGUACCCAGGGCCGUACUCACCGCCCUGCAACGAGCCGCCGCCACGACGAACUUCGCCUCCUUUGCGGAGCGGUGGAGCUUUCUGUCCACUUGGAUGGCCAAAAACACACCACCAACUCCACCAACUCCAGCAGUGCCCCCACUCCAACCGACACUCCAACCGACACAGCAAAACCCGGAAACACACGGGGCCGCGGCAGCUGGCCCCUUUCUUGCGCGGGAAGCCACUAACCCUAGCGUACGGCAGCCACGGGAUGCGUUGACGGAGGGAGAGGGGAAGGAGGAGGCGGAGGAGGGGAAGGAGAAAAAGGGAAAGCAAGGGGAGGGGGAGGAGGACGACGAGGAGGAGGAGCAGAGGCGGAGAAAAUCCCCGCGGGUUGCCGAUGCCGCUGCUGAUUGUACGGCAGCCGCCGCAGCCGCCGCCACCGUCGCCAUUCCUGCAGCAGUCGCGUUGGCAGACGGCAGCCCGGCGGCCGCCCGUCCGUGGCGGCCGUUAGAGGCUGUGCGGGUUUUUGCCCGGGAGUAUCGGAAGGGGGGCCCCCGGGGCCAUGGCGGCGGUGGCGGCGGCGGCGGUAAUGGUGGCGGAGUUUCCGACUUCUCCCGGCACUUCGUGGCUACCACUUACCGGGGCGUCUGGCGUCGCUUCCAAAACCUCCAAGCCACCCAACGCCAUUUCUACGAGUUGAUCCGGCCCGACCGGCCCUGCCACCUCUACUUUGACAUCGAGUUCAGUCAGGGCGCUAACCCCGGAGCGGAGGGGGACCUGCUGGUGGACGGACUGCUGGACAGGCUGGGGGAGCUGUUGAGGUCCACGUGGGGUGUCCAGCUGUGUCCCGCCCGCCACGUCCUAGAGCUGGAGUCAGUGACGGAGGCAGAAGUGCUCAACAGACGACAACGACAACACAGAGCCACCGCACCUGCACCUGCACCUGCUGCUGCUGCUGCUGCCCCCGCGGCUGUUCUGGUCGACAAGUUUUCCCGCCACCUAAUUGUACGGCUGCCCGACGUGGCGCUGGCACAUAAUGGCGUGGCAGGAGCUAUAGAGGCCCGACUGAGACCGGUGCUUCAAGCUGAUGGGCUGUUCCUUCUCAAGGCCGGUGAAGGCCCCGGGGGCGCCACCGCCUGCAUCGUGGACCCCGCGCAGCUGUUCCUAGCCUCCCUUAUCUGCAACGUGCAUCCUGGGGCCGGCCUACUGGAGGUGCCGCCUGGCUUUCUGGCGGGAGUGCAGCUUCUCCGCGGCAUUCACAUGCACCAUCAGUACCACCACCACAACCACCAACGCUUCGUCGAGGGCGGCGGCGGCGGCGGCGGCGGUUCCCGGGGUUAUGGUAUCCCUCGCCCCAGGCCUGGCCAGGUAACCCUUAGUGUGUACGAUGGCUGCAUAAGCAUGGUGUUGCCUAGCGGCACCUGUCGUACAAUUAGGGUGGCGUGGGCGGCAGAACCGCCAGAUUUGCGUGAGGUGGCGGCGGCGGCGGCGGCGGAGCCGCUGCUGCCGCAGCCGCUGCUGCCGCAGCCGCAGCCGUUUCAGGUAUACGGUGGUGGUGGUGGUGCGGCGGCGGCGGCGGCCGCCGGUGCUGCCAGUUCCAGUUCCAAUUCCAGUUCCGAUUCCAGUUCCGGGUUCCCGCCGGGGUGUACGGCUCUUCAGCGCCUCGCUGCGGGGGCGGUGUCGUUCGUGGAGGCAAUGGCUACCGACCGGGGGAGUGGGGCGGAGGCGCAGGUUCGCAGCAUGGCAUACUGUGGAGAGGGCGCAUCCGUGACGUACGGCAUGAUAGGCCCCGGCAGUCAUUUUUGCGACCGCAUCGGCCGCCGGCACCGCUCCAACCACGUCUUCUUCUUGUUGGACUUCCUUAGGGGCUGCUACUGCCAGAAGUGCUACGACCCGGAAUGUGCGGGCUGCCUGGUCUUGGGUAAUGAGAGGGGUGGGCUGCGAGGGUUGGGAUUCCGGCGGGUGCUGGUCCCGUUGACGACGCUCGACGGGCGCUGA